CAUUUCUUCAAAGUUUUCUAGAGAGGAGUUUGUGUUUGUCUGAAUAUGCGAGAGAUUAUUCAUUUGCAAGCAGGUCAAUGCGGUAAUCAAAUAGGAUCUAAGUUUUGGGAAGUUAUUUCGGAAGAACACGGUAUAGAGGCGGAUGGAAAGUUUCGUGGACAAUCCGAUUAUCAAUUAGAGAGAACAAACGUCUACUAUCAUGAAGUUUCGGGUGGACUUUAUGUACCGAGAGCAAUUCUGGUUGAUUUAGAACCGGGAACUUUAAAUGUUAUCAGAUCCAGCAAAUACGGUGGUUUGUUCCGACCGGAUAACUUUAUCAAUGGUCAAAGUGGAGCUGGAAACAAUUGGGCAAAGGGUCAUUAUACAGAGGGAGCCGAACUGAUCGAACCUAUUAUGGAUGCUGUUCGAAAAGAGGCGGAAGUCUGCGAUUGUUUACAGGGCUUCCAACUUUGUCAAUCUUUAGGAGGGGGAACUGGAUCCGGAUUGGGGACUCUUCUAAUUUCAAAAGUUAGGGAAGAGUAUCCCGACAGAAUAAUGAAUACAUUUUCAGUUCUUCCUUCGCCAAAAGUUUCGGAUACCGUUACCGAAGCAUACAAUUCUACUUUAUCCAUACAUCAAUUGUUAGAGAAUACCGACGAAACAUAUUGCAUAGAUAACGAGGCGCUAUACGAUAUUUGCAAUAGAACCUUAAAACUUCAGAAUCCCACCUAUGGCGAUCUGAAUCAUCUCGUAUCAUCUACAAUGUCGGGUGUAACAACUUGUCUUAGAUUCCCUGGCCAACUGAAUGCCGACCUAAGAAAAUUGGCAGUGAACAUGGUACCUUUUCCUCGGUUACACUUCUUUAUUACUGGCUUUGCACCCCUAACCGCUAGAGGAAAGGAGCAUUAUACCGCCCUGACAGUUCAAGAGCUUACUCAACAGAUGUUCGACGGAAGGAACAUGAUGGCCGCGUGCGACCCACGAAAUGGUAAAUAUUUAACAGUUGCAGCCAUGUUCCGUGGGAGAGUAUCGAUAAAAGAGGUCGACGAACAGAUGUUAAAUAUCCAAAACAAAAAUAGCCCCUAUUUUGUCGAAUGGAUACCAAACAACGUGAAAACAGCAGUUUGCGACAUACCGCCAAAAGGUCUAAAAAUGUCAGUGACCUUUAUUGGCAAUAGUACAGCCAUACAGGAAAUGUUCAGGAGAAUAGCUGAUCAAUUCAAAACAAUGUUCAAUCGAAAGGCAUUUCUUCAUUGGUACACAGGUGAAGGGAUGGAUGAAAUGGAGUUUGACGAAGCCUAUUCGAAUAUAACAGAUCUAAUAUCAGAGUACCAACAAUAUCAAGAUGCUAAAAUCGACGAUUGUGAUGAUGCGUUCGAAAAUUACGACGAGGAAGAAGAGGGUUGA